UUUUAGGUAUCUCCUCUGUGCCAGGAUACACGUCCUCUAUGCGCCCGAUAGCCUAAUGGAGUGGCAAUGAGUCGUUCUCCCAUGACUAUGUCGCCAUGAUUAAAUGUAGCCCCUUGGAUUGCUGUCACUUAGUACGCUGCUGUAAUUGCUGCAGGUACUAACGAUUCCACCGUCUCCAGCAUCGAAAGAAUAUUUUUUGAACGCAAUCGGUUAAAAGAAAAAAUGAAGACCGUUAUUUUCUUGGCACUGCUGGCUACAGUUCAUGCAUCUUGGAAGAUGCAAUAUAUAAGAUUGGGAGCGAAUUCGCAAAUUCUCCAGCAAUUAGUGGAUAUAGAAAAUAUAGUCAUCCAAACUACAUUGAAUGGUCUAUUAUUUUUUGAAGAGCGAAUAUCGCAGGAUUCAAAAGUGCAACUUGAAAAAAUAAAAACAAACGCUUCAAAUUAUAUCAACAAUACUAUUAAUGAAGCAUUUGAAACUAUCAAUCGGUCCAUUCACAAUGGAAAAGAAGAGGGUAAAAACAUAGAUACGCAUUACUCUUAUGUGAAAAAUAAUCUAGAAUGGAGAAGGAGAAAUGCACUUGUUGAAAUGGCCAAGUGCAUCCAAAAAUGGACAUUCAUGGAAGAAGCCUUAACAGACGUAAUCACACAAAUUCAGGUAAUCAAUUUGUGAAAAUGAUA